UUUCAUUCCCAACAGUUAUGAUUCAGAAUUCAAUCACUAUGGACGGCUUUGUAUCAGCAAUUGUUUUGGCAGUAUUCGCUCUGAUCUUCUACGAAAUCUACCUUCGAACGCGGCCAAGCUACCGAGCGGCUGCCCAGUUUCCCGGUUCCAAAGUGUUUCCAAUCGUCCAGAACAUCUUCACCGUAUUAUUUAUGAGCCAGACUCGGGCGUUUGCAAACGCGCGAAAAUUGGCAAAUGCCUACAACAAUCAGAGUUAUCGUACGCUGGUAGCAGGAAUUCUAAUCGUUGAGGCCACCCACCACAAGGACGUCGAAAUGUUGCUUUCCAGCUCCCGGUUGAUCACCAAGAGUCCGUUCUACCGGUUGACUUAUCCGUUCAUAGGGAUAGGUCUCCUCAACAGCACAGGAGAAAAAUGGCACCAGCGGAGGAAAAUUCUAACGCCUACGUUUCACUUCAAUAUUUUGGAAGGCUUUUUACAAAUUUUUCACGAGGAAUGCCGAAGACUAGUGGUGCAGUUGGAAGAAGAUGCAGCGCAGGGGUGCACAACGGUGCUGCAAAAGUUGUUUAGCACAGUCACAUUGAAUACAAUCUGUGAAACCGCAAUGGGUAUAAAGUUGGAUAAGUCAGAAAAAUCAGAAGUGUACAAGAGUAACAUUCAAGAUGUUGGAAAAAUUAUCCAGCUGCAAAUGAUGAACCCGCUGCUUCAUGUUGGCUGGAUCUUCAGGAUGAUAGGUUACAAAUCAAAAUUUGAUAAGAUUCUUCAACCUAUCCAUGCCUUUACCAAAAGCAUUAUUCAACAUCGCAGAGAUGCCUUUCAUGCAUUCGGAAGCGAUGUAGACUCCCUCUCGGAGGAGAACGUGCACAUGAACGUCAAGCAACGCUACGCCAUGCUGGAUAGUCUCCUUUUGGCGGAAGCCCAGCAGAGAAUAGACGCCAAAGGAAUUCGUGAAGAGGUCGACACAUUUACCUUCGAAGGACACGAUACAACAGCUAGUGCUUUGGUGUUUCUCUUUCUAGUGAUUGCCAACGAAAACACCGUUCAAGAACGUUUGUACGAGGAAAUUCAGUGCAUGUUUAAGAGCCGACCAAAUCCAACGAUGCAGAGCUACAGUGAUCUGAAGUACAUGGACAGGGUUAUCAAGGAAUCUCUUCGCAUCUAUCCACCGGUGCCGUUCAUUUCCCGUCUGGUCACCGAAGAUGUGCAGUGUAAUGGAAAAGUCAUCCCAAAGGGUUCCUUUAUGAAUGUGCAUAUCUACGAUUUGCACCGGGAUCCGGAGCAAUUUUCCGAUCCGGAACGAUUCGAUCCGGAUCGAUUCCUGCCGGAAUCGGUUCAACGCAGAAAUCCGUACGCAUAUGUUCCAUUCAGUGCUGGUUUGAGAAAUUGUAUAGGUGAGUAA